AUGACCGGCAAAACCACACCUUCAGCCACAGACACGGCUCCGGCAGCUCCGAAGAAAAAGCCAGUGCCAACCCGAAAAGAAGAACCAGCACCUCCCCAAGCUGCUGAAAAGACCUUGGUCCCUGAGCAUCCCCCUGCCACGGAGCAGCCCACAGCCCCUGCAGACAAGCCUGCUCCCGUCCCUACGGCAGAAGCGACUCCAGCCCCUAAAGAAGGUGACCUGCCUCCCGCAGCUGAACCCCAAGCCCCAGCCCCUGAACCUAAGCCUGAGAAACCAAAGGCAGAGCUGCCCAGCUCUCCCGUGUCCUUGGCCGUGGAAGAAGUGAGCGAAAACUCGGUUACGCUGACCUGGAAAGCCCCGGAGCAGACAGGCCGGUCGGGCCUGGAUGGAUACGUGGUGGAGAUCUGCAAAGAUGGAAGUACAGACUGGACAGCUGCGAACGAGGAGCCUUUUCUUUCCACCCGGUACACAAUCCAGGACCUCAGCUCCGGUGACAAGAUCCAUGUACGGGUGAAGGCUGUCAAUGCCAGUGGUGCCAGUGUCCCGGCUACUUUGGAGCAGCCAGUCCUCAUCAGAGAGAUCCUCCAGCUCCCGAGGAUCCGCAUGCCCCGUCACCUGCGGCAGACUUAUGUCAGGCAUGUUGGGGAUGCCGUGAACAUGAUGAUCCCUUUCCAGGGAAAGCCGCGGCCUGAGGUGAUCUGGACCAAGGGUGACCAGCCCCUGGACACCAGCCACAUCAACAUCCACAACACAGAGAAGGACACCAUCUUCUACAUCCGCAAGGCGCAGCGCAGCGAUUCGGGCAAGUACGAGCUCACCGUGCGGAUAAAUGGAGCGGAGGACAAGGCUACCCUGGACAUCCGAGUGAUUGAGCCACCGGGCCCCCCCCAGAACCUGAAGCUGGUGGAUGUGUGGGGCUUUAAUGUGGCCCUGGAGUGGACCCCCCCGGUAGACAACGGGAACUCUGAGAUCAAGGGCUACGUGGUGCAGAAGUCAGACAAGAAGAGUGGGAAAUGGUUCACGGCGCUGGAGCGCUGCACCCGCACCAGCUGCACCAUCUCCGACCUCAUCAUUGGCAAUAGCUACUCCUUCCGGGUUUUCGCGGAAAACGCCUGUGGGCUGAGCGAGAAAGCAGCUGUCACCUCUGGGGUGGCCCACAUCAAGAAGACAAAAACUGCUUACCAGCCAGAGAAGAUUCCCCAAAGGGACAUGAUGGAGCCUCCAAAAUUCACCCAGCCCCUGACAGACCGAACCACUACCCGGGGCUACAGCACACAUCUCUUCUGCUGUGUCCGGGGCUUCCCCCAGCCCAAAAUCAUCUGGAUGAAAAAUCAGAUGGAGAUACGGGAAGACCCCAAAUACAUAGCGAUGAUCAAGCAGGGCGUCUGCUCCCUGGAAAUCCGCAAGCCCAACCCUUUUGAUGGGGGCAUCUACACCUGCAAAGCUGUGAAUGCCUUGGGGGAAGCCUCAGUAGACUGCAAACUUGAUGUGAAAGUGCCCCAGUGA